UAACGAUAUCACUGUGGACUUUGGUAUUGACUCAAAUAUUGUUGAAAGAUAAUAAUAACGUGUUCUUAGAAAAUACAACCUGUAUCAUGUUGGUCGAGCUGAAGUGAUCAGUUCGAAUGUUUUAAAUUUAUAAUCCAAAAGAGAUAACGACGCUAUGACGAAUAAGCGAAAUCGUUUUUGAAAUGAUAUACAGCUAGUUAACAGGAAGAAGGUACAACCGUCUGCGGUUGACAUUUAGAGGAAACUUAACGACACUAUAUGGAGGAGAAAUACAAAUUUGUGCCUGAAUAAUCAUACUUACGAUAGGUGGCUUAACUGCAUCAUUUAUAACAUCUUUAAUAACAACAGGAGCAGCAUGGUUCACUCCAAUAUGGUCAUCGGGAACACUAACUUGGUCUGGUUUAUUGUUACGAUUGCAGUCAUUUGCCAACAGAUUGGCAUUGCCUCGCCCCAGACCGUUCCAGAGAAACCUCCUGGAGUUGGAGCAAGAGCUGGUCCUUCAUCAACUUCGAUUAGACUGAUUAUCAUAAACGUUAAUGGCGCGACCCAUUAUAGAGCAUUAUAUGAGCACAACUCCAUGAUGGAAGACGUGAUAUUUCCUAGGGAAAAUGAUCUGUUCACGGAACAUGAGAUCUUUAAUCUGUCCACAUAUACAGAUUAUACAUUCUGUGUGUACUCUGUAAUACGAUCUGGCGGGGAAGACCAGAACAGUUCCACAUGCACAAAUUCAACACCAAUUUGGAAAACGGGUACAUAUGAUUUCAAUGUUAUCAGUGAUGAUAGAUAAUAAUGUAUAUUACGA